UGCGGCCGAGCCCCGGGCACAGCUGCAGCGGGCGGACCGAGCCGCUCGGAACCGAACCGGGCAGAGCCGAACCGAGCGGAGCCGGCGGCCGGCAGCCCUCGCAGAGCAUGGCCGAGCCGCCGGCAGCGCCGGGCCCGGAGGGCGAGGAGGGCCCGGUGCGGUUCGCCCGCAAGGGAGCCCUGCGGCAGAAGAACGUGCACGAGGUGAAGAACCACAAGUUCACCGCACGGUUCUUCAAGCAGCCCACGUUCUGCAGCCACUGCACCGACUUCAUCUGGGGCUUCGGCAAGCAGGGCUUCCAGUGCCAAGUCUGCUGCUUCGUUGUGCACAAGCGGUGCCAUGAGUUCGUCACCUUCUCCUGCCCCGGUGCUGAUAAAGGCCCUGCCUCCGAUGAUCCCCGGAGCAAACACAAGUUUAAGAUCCACACGUACUCCAGCCCCACCUUCUGUGACCACUGCGGGUCGUUGCUCUAUGGGCUCAUUCACCAGGGGAUGAAAUGUGACACCUGCAUGAUGAACGUGCACAAGCGCUGCGUGAUGAACGUUCCCAGCCUGUGCGGGACGGACCACACCGAGCGCCGCGGCCGCAUCUACAUCCGGGCUGACAUCGAGAAGGACGUGCUCACUGUUGUAGUAAGAGAUGCUAAAAACCUAGUUCCUAUGGACCCUAAUGGCUUGUCAGAUCCCUACGUGAAGCUUAAACUAAUCCCUGACCCCAAAAACGAAAGCAAACAGAAGACCAAAACUAUCAAGUGCUCCCUGAAUCCUGAGUGGAACGAGACAUUUAAAUUCCAACUGAAAGAGGCAGACAAAGACAGGCGGUUGUCUGUGGAGAUCUGGGACUGGGAUCUGACCAGCAGGAAUGAUUUCAUGGGCUCCUUGUCCUUUGGGAUUUCUGAGCUGCAGAAGUCGGGAGUCGAUGGAUGGUUCAAGCUGCUGAGCCAGGAGGAGGGCGAGUACUUCAACGUCCCAGUGCCUCCAGAGGGAGAAGAAGGAAACGAGGAGCUGAGGCAGAAGUUUGAGAGAGCCAAGAUUGGAACAGGGUCCAAGGCUGCAGAUGAGAAGACAAGAAAUGCCAUCUCCAAGUUCGACAACAACGGGAGCAGAGAUCGGAUGAAACUGUCGGAUUUCAACUUCCUGAUGGUGCUGGGCAAAGGGAGCUUUGGGAAGGUGAUGCUGGCAGAGAGGAAGGGCACGGAUGAGCUCUAUGCUGUUAAGAUCUUGAAGAAGGAUGUUGUAAUCCAGGACGAUGAUGUAGAGUGCACGAUGGUUGAAAAGCGUGUCCUGGCUCUCUCUGGGAAGCCUCCGUUCCUGACCCAGCUCCAUUCCUGCUUUCAGACCAUGGAUCGCUUGUAUUUUGUGAUGGAAUAUGUGAAUGGUGGGGACUUAAUGUACCAGAUCCAGCAGGUUGGGAGGUUUAAAGAGCCACAUGCUGUAUUCUACGCAGCAGAAAUAGCCAUCGGCCUCUUCUUCCUGCAGAGCAAAGGCAUCAUUUACCGGGACCUAAAGCUGGACAACGUGAUGCUGGAUAGCGAGGGGCACAUAAAGAUCGCAGACUUCGGCAUGUGCAAGGAGAACAUCUGGGACGGGGUGACCACCAAGACCUUCUGCGGCACUCCAGACUACAUUGCACCCGAGAUAAUUGCUUAUCAGCCCUAUGGGAAGUCUGUGGAUUGGUGGGCAUUUGGAGUCCUGCUCUAUGAAAUGUUAGCUGGCCAGGCUCCCUUUGAGGGGGAAGAUGAAGAUGAGCUCUUCCAGUCCAUCAUGGAGCACAAUGUUGCCUACCCCAAGUCCAUGUCCAAGGAGGCUGUGGCGAUCUGCAAAGGGCUGAUGACCAAGCACCCUGCCAAGCGCCUGGGCUGCGGCCCCGAAGGGGAGCGGGACAUCAAGGAGCACGCGUUCUUCCGCUACAUCGACUGGGACAAACUGGAGCGGAAGGAGAUCCAGCCUCCCUUCAAGCCAAAGGCUAAGGACAAACGCGACACUUCCAACUUCGACAAGGAGUUCACCCGGCAGCCGGUGGAGCUGACGCCAACAGACAAACUCUUCAUCAUGAACUUGGACCAGAACGAGUUUGCUGGAUUCUCCUACACCAACCCCGAGUUUGUCAUUAACGUGUAGUCACAGCCUCUCCUCGCAGUCCCCAGCUCCAGCCCACCUUGUACAUACCGACAUAGUCUUCCGGGAUUAGCAGUGCAGACAUACACACCCUCAUGCGAAACACGCUUGGUUUAGGAGGCCUUUCUAUGUCUGUGUCACUUGCUAGCUUGGUUUCCUUAGCUGGAGGUGUUUGGGGUUCGAGUUAACAGUCAGUAAUACUUCUAGGAACUAUAGUUGGUGGUGACUAAUAGAGUUUUUAAACAGAAAUAUACCAAAUUGCUACAGUCUUUGUAACCUUUGAAGCGGGCUGCUGAGAUUCCAGUGACCCCAGCUACUCACAAAUCCUUUCUGUUGAAUGCUGAGCAUGGUUGAUAUCUUAAACCGUUGUGCUGAAGCUUGCGAUGACUGUGAGCUUGUCUUAGAGGAGCCUUUUGUUCAAGACAUGGAUACAUUUGAUCAGUGUGGAGAAGUCUGCUUAUAGACAUAUAUUUUUAAACGCGUUGUACAUACCGAAGCCGUCUUCCUCCCUCGCCUCCCUCCAGCCUGCGCUCGCCAUACGGCCUUCCCUUCACUCAGGCAUUACGGCUCCCAACCGCUUCCAUGCCAGCUCUUGUAAAUCAGAGCAAACCCCUUUUCUAAGCGAAAGGUGGGAUGGUUUUUGUAACAUCUGGAGCAGUUUGCAGUUUUGAUACGCUCUGUCAGCGCGCUCAUCAAUCCUUCUCCUGGUGUUUUCCACAGGCGCUGUCAGGAUUUAACAGCUCAGUAAAAGGGUAUUAAUAUUCUACCAAAACAGAACACGUUUAUAUCCUCAGUUUACAAUCUACCAACUGAAAAUGCGCCUGCUACAAAAGGGCUGCACUGAGGGCUAUUUCUAAAGGUAACUUUUCUACUUUACACCCUCUGCUAUUCUCAAGGCUCAAAGAAGCAUCUUGAGUUACCUGAUCUCAGCCAAAAUUCCUGGGGAUGUUAGUGAGAAAUCCAGGAAUUUCUGCAUCACUUAAAACCAGGUCUGAAUCAGAAGAGACCAAUCCAGCAGCUGUUUGUAAGGCAGAGCUGUGCUGUGUGUGCAGGCAGGGGCAGGAAGGGUAGGGACAAGCAGGAGCUGCCCAUCAGAGGGUAAGCCCUGAGUGCGAGGAGCAUCCUUCACGUACCGGCUGUUACCCCCUCUUAUUACACACCAGUUCAGUUGGUUCCCACCCCUGUAUGUAUAUAUUUGAACCACUACUGGUUCUAAUGUAAAUACACAUCACUCCAUGCCUAUAGGGGAAGAUGGGGGUGGAAUUCUAUGAAUCACGAGGAAUCCUAUAAAGGAAAAUCUGGUUUGUAGAUCUUUUAUAAGCACCAAACUCUACUUUUGCAAUUAUUUUACUGAUUCAAUGAGGUUAAAAGGCUGCUAGAAGCUCAGGCCAACAUCCCUCCUUGCAGGGAGCGGCCGGGGUCCAUGCCCUGUUACUGAACACAGCGCCCUGUGGGUGCUGGGGGUGUGAGCUGGGGACCCACGGCCUCAGGCACUGUCCUGGGCUGGAAGAACCAACCCAAACCCCAUUAAAACUGCAAAUUGUGCCAGAUUGACAGUGGGUUUAUGAGAUGCUCUGCCCCAGGUGCAGCCCCACAUGGGCUGGUUCCUGGCCAGGGCUCUCGUAACACCAGCACAAGGCUCAGAAGACGUGUCUCCAUCCUCUGCAGAGCACAGUUGAUGUUCAGAGCAUGUCUGUUGCUGUAACUAUCAACCCUGUCGCUGCAGAAUUAGUAUUCCCUCAGUGGUGAGUGUUGUUCAUUCCGUACCUUCAUCCCGGGGUCGGUCCAGGAGGAUGCUGCAGGGUCUCCGUGCCAAGGGAGCCGUGGGUACGCGCAGGGGCUGCUGUGGGGGCUACGUCUGUUCUGUUUAGGACUGUCUGUGUUCGUGUCAGGGUGACACUUGUGCAUGGAGCAGGCGUUGUGCUGCUGGGCAGCUCCGGUGUAAGGUCUGUGCUCCAGGGAGAGCUUAGCAAAGGCUGGAUCCUGUUUGCAGGUCUCAUACAAUGGGUGUUUCUGACGUUGUCCAUUCUGGGACUUGCCAAACUCUUACUCCGAGGUCCAUUUCCAGAUGACUUGUUCCUUUGUGUAAUGGGAUGUGCCCAUCCCUGCACAGACGUUGUACCAGCUCUCCCAAGGAAGGGCAGAGUGACAGUGGUUGACUCACUGUUUGCUGUAAUUCGAUGAUUUAAUCGUUGCUGUUGGAUGGGGAAAGCAGUGCUUCGGGAUGAUGCUCACAGAGGAUCAGAGAUGCUGGGAGGCUUCAGGAGAGUCCCAGGUGCUCCAAUGCAUGGACAAAGCCCAGUAAAAUGAUGUCUGUGGGUGCCCCACAGCUGGGUGCCCCAGUCCAGUGCUGGGGAGCAAGGGACAGUGCAAGCAGGCAGCGGGUGAGGCUCAUGGGGGCAGAGGAGGCUCACAGGGUGCACCUGAGCCCUGUUGUAGGGCUGGGGAUGGGGUUUUCUGCAAGUCUGGUGUCCCAUGCUGAGCAUCCCGGCUGUGGUGGGACUGGGAAUGGGGCCCAGCAGUGGCAGAGUGGGACCCAGAGCUCUGCAUGUCCCCAGGGCAGGGCAGAGGAGGCAGGACACAGUCAUCCACCCAUGAAGGAUGUCGCAUGCUGGCUCUCUGCUGGGCUGGAUCACACCUGAGGGCUGCAGGUAAGUGGGGUUCAGGUUCCUCCUGUGGUUCCCAAUGGGGCAGGAUGGAUCAGACACACACA